AUGGUGCACCGCCUCUUCUCUCCGGACAAGCCAGAGCUUGACCGACUUCAAAGUACCAUCCCGAAAGCCACGAGUGCUACCGCUCAAGUUGAACGUACAGUGACGCCCAGUCUGAUGUCCAAGAUGUUGAGCAGCGGGGGAUUGUUUCGAGCAAGAGCGGAGCUGGACUACCCGUGGCUCGGAUGGGCUUUCGUCUAUGUCUACUCAGUCGUCUUCCUCUUUGUCUACAGGUGCUCGGCGCUCAAUGCGCUGAUCGCCAUGUACGCUAAUGCUAACGACAAGACCCUAGGGGUCGUGCUGGGAGCUCUGCUGCUUGGCUUCCUACAGGAUUUCGUCUGCAUCACGUACUUUGUCUGCCUCUUGUGGGCCUUUGACAGCUUCAUAAAUGCCGUUGUCAAGUACUUUGGUUGUUGCAAGGAAGGCACGAUGACCCGAGUGAUAAGCAAGAUGGCUACGUUCACCAUGUCCUGGAUCCUUUUCAUGGCGACGAUGUUGCCGGUGGUUGCGGACGUCGUGGCCGUGCGUCUGCGCGACAUUCGCUUCACCUUUGACCUCAUUGUGAUGGCUAUUCAAGAGAAGGACAAUGUCAGCUCGUUUGACGUCUCGCCUGAACAGCUGAGAGACGCGUAUAUGAACGCGACGGUGAUCGUAGUAGCGGCGUCGUGUUUUGCUCUUGUGCGGACCCACGAAUCGUGGGCAGAUCUGGCGAGGUGGAACCCGACGCGGAUGCCAUUGUCUUUUGGUACUUCACACGCUUACGAUAGCUUGAGCUCGACUAGAGGUACGACGGAUCAACUUCAGGAUGCUGGGAAUAGCGAAGACACUACCGAUACGACUGUGCUGGUUGAUGCAACAAAGGUGACUGAAGCUGAUCUGACCAACGAAAGAGACGGUAGCAAUCCGACUCGGUAUGUGACGGUGAAGAUCGAUGACGACAGUGAUAGCUCAGACGUUGAGGAGACUGUGGUGGUGGACGAUGACACGGCGCAGAUUCUGUCAGUGGACAAGCCCCAGUCAAAGGGAGCUGAGAAAUGCCAGACGUUCAAGCAGACGCUUGUCGCGCUCAUUGGCUUGGUGUUGAUUCCCAUUGUCGUUGUUGCUGUGAGCUCCGCGUGUUCGCCUCUCGUAGCGUACUUGGCGCUGAACACGACACUGAAUGAAAUGCUUGGACGUACGCUGCAGCCGGCACUGAACGGGGAUUAUUCUCUGCUUAGUGACGGGAACUUACCCUGGGUUGAGACGUUUAUCCACCGUGCAACUGAAGAGCACAAGUUGUACGGAGACGACACGUUGUAUCGACGCACGACCGGGUUCAAAGGAGACCUGGCUUUUGACGUCAAUGUCAGUGCGAAAGAUCCUCCAAACGUCCUUCUGAUUGUGAUUGAGUCCUUCCGGUUUCACGACUCGCGUUAUCUCGUUGACACGCACGACCCUUCCAGCUUGUUCAAUGGCACGAACAUUACAAUCACUCCAAAUUUUGACCGAUGGGCACAGCGAGGCAUUGCGUUAACGAAUUACUGGUCGAGCUGGCGCACGAGUCGAUCGGUGGAGAGUUUGUUGUUCGGACAGCUUCCUUACGAUCAUAUCUCGAAGUCCGGGAUGACCGGAGGCCAACUCCAAACCAACCUAUCUGGUUUGCCUCAGCUCUUUUCCGCAAAGGGAUACGAGACCUUUUUUACCACUGGUUGUCAAACUAACUACGACGGCUGGAACACUUUUCUUCCUCAUCAUGGGUUCGAAACGGUGUGGAGUCGUGACCAGUUCAUGAAGAUCGCAGAAAAGGACUAUGGUAUCAAACGCGGCGACUGGAAGGGUCAGGAGCAUCGUGGGUUCGGAUGGGGCGUACAUGACGACCUGAGCUUUCAGAUACUCGGGGAUCUGAUGAUAAACGAGACAAAAUUGCAAGCUGCGCGCGUGGCCCACGGCAAAAGUAAGAAGCCGCUGUUCCUGACGCACUACACCAUCUCCAGCCAUGUCAACUAUCUGGCGCGACCGAAAUGGUAUGACCGGUCCAAGAAGCCCGACUUUUCGCCUUUGUACAAAGGCCACAAGUACGCGGCUAACAUAAAGAAGUACCUUGAAAUCCGGUACUUCACCGAUCUGGAGUUUGGCAAGUUCAUGGACCGGAUGGCUGAAGCAGGCAUUCUCAACAAUACUAUCGUCGUUAUUUCGGGUGACCACGGCCAGGCUCCGGAAUUCGGUAACGAUACCCCUCAGAACCGGGAAGUGUCUGUCACGCGCGUGGCUGGGGCAAUUGUUGCUGAAGGGCGACUGGGUAAAGAUGCGGGUAUGGUCUUGGAUGACGCGACCGAGCAGUACGAUAUCCUCAACACGCUGGCGGAUAUCGUUGGUGUACCGGAAGGUGGUUUUGAUCAAGAUGGCGUGGGCCGUUCGCUCAAGCGCAAGGUCGAAUUUGGCCAGCGGUCUGUGUACAGUAACGAUCCUGGACGGAAAAUGUCCGUGGUGCGUGGGCAUGAACGUCUACGGUAUGAUCGAGUCACUGACUCGAUACUGCUGCACGAUGCCAACAAGGAUCACGAUAUGCAACAUGAUCUUUUGCCAGGUCUUUCUGAGAAAAAGCGGAGUGAAUGGAUGCGUAUGCGUGACGAGGGGCGACGGAUCAACUUGUACUACAAAAAGCGCUGGGAAGGAAAGUGUUUACUCGCUGCAAAAUGUGAAUGA